GACUCAGUACUCAUCUGUGUGACCCAGAGUAUGGGGUCCUGAUUGGUGGUUCCUCUGUGCUCCCGGCUGGCUCCUCCCCCAUAUGUUGGCCACCUACCCAGGCAGGAGGGGGCCGCUGUGCCUGCAAGGGAUGGGCUGGCCCAGCCCAGACUCCUCUCUCCAUCCCUGGUCAGAAGCCAGAGAAGGACCCGGGGACUCAGUGCUUCUGAGAGAAGGAUGCCGCUGCUGAGCCUGUCCUGGCCGGGCCUGGGGCCUGCAGCAGCUUCCCUGUGGCUGUUCCUACCCCUGGCGGGGGCCUCCUGCCUCCUGGCUUACAUCCUGACCCAGGUUUACGCUAUCUACGAAAACUCUCAUCACCUUCGCUGUUUCCCUCAGCCCCCCAAACGGAACUGGCUCCUGGGUCACCUGGGCCUGAUCCGGGCCUCGGAGGAAGGGCUCCUGUACAUCCAGAACCUGGUGCGAACCUUCGGGGAUGUGUGCUGCUGGUGGGUGGGGCCGUGCCAGCCCGUCGUCCGCAUAUUCCACCCCGCCUUCAUCAAGCCUGUGCUCUUGGCUCCAGCUUCAGUUGCUCCCAAGGACAGAGUCUUCUACAGUUUCCUGAAGCCCUGGCUGGGAGACGGGCUCUUGCUGAGUGCCGGUGACAAGUGGGGCCGCCACCGUCGGAUGCUGACGCCCGCCUUCCAUUUCAACAUCCUGAAGCCCUAUGUGAAGAUUUUCAAUGACAGCGUUAACAUCAUGCAUGCCAAGUGGCUGCGCCUAGCAUCCAAGGGAAGUGCCCGUCUGGACAUGUUUGAACAUAUCAGCCUCAUGACCCUGGACAGUCUGCAGAAGUGUGUCUUCAGCUUCAACAGCAACUGCCAAGAGAAGCCUAGUGAGUACAUCGCUGCCAUCUUGGAACUUAGUGCCUUAGUGGCCAGAAGGCACCAGAAGCUGCAUCUGCACGUGGACCUGUUCUAUCACCUCACCCGGGACGGGAUGCGCUUCCGGAAGGCCUGCCGCCUAGUACAUGACUUCACCGACGCCGUCAUCCAGGAGCGGCGCCGCACCCUCCCUGAUCAAGGUGACGAUGAUGUCCUCAAGGCCAAGGCCAAGGCCAAGACUUUGGAUUUCAUUGAUGUGCUGCUGUUGAGCAAGGACGAACAUGGAAAGGCGCUGUCCGAUGAGGACAUCCGCGCAGAGGCUGACACCUUCAUGUUUGGAGGCCAUGACACCACGGCCAGCGGGCUCUCCUGGGUCCUGUACAACCUGGCAAGGUACCCGGAGUACCAGGAGCGCUGCCGGCAGGAGGUGCGGGAGCUGCUGAGGGACCGUGACCCUGAGGAGAUUGAGUGGGACGACCUGGCCCAGCUGCCCUUCCUCACCAUGUGCGUCAAGGAGAGUCUGCGACUGCAUCCCCCGGUCACCGCUAUCUCCCGCUGCUGCACACAGGACAUUGUGCUCCCAGAUGGCCGGGUCAUCCCCAAAGGUGUCAUCUGCAGAAUAAGUAUUUUUGGGACACAUCACAAUCCAGCUGUGUGGCCUGACCCGGAGGUCUACAACCCUUUCCGAUUUGACGCAGACAAUGCCAAGGGCAGGUCACCCCUGGCAUUCCUUCCCUUCUCGGCAGGGCCUAGGAACUGCAUCGGACAGACUUUCGCCUUAAGCGAGAUGAAGGUGGCGCUGGCGCUGACGCUGCUGCGCUUCCGCGUCCUGCCGGACGACAAGGAGCCGCGCCGGCAGCCGGAGCUGAUCCUGCGCGCAGAGGGCGGGCUGUGGCUGCGGGUGGAGCCGCUGAGCACGCAGUGACCCCACGCCUGGCCGAGGAAGCCCCGACCUGCGCUCUCCCUGCAAUAAAAAUCUUUGUACCAAAGCCGGGCGUGGGUGGCACACGCCUUUAAUCCCAGCACUCGGGAGGCAGAGGCAGGAGAAUCUCUAUGAGUUUGAGACCAGUUACAGAGCGAGUUCCAGGACAGCCUCCAAAGCUACACAGAGAAACCCUGUCUCGAAGAAUUCUGGGUGCUGGUGUCAGUCCAGCUGCGUGAGGGGGCAGGUUAGCACCUCUCUCUGUUCUUCAGUUUCCUCACUAAACAACAGAGUAAAUAACACAACACAACCCUGAGAGUGAGCAUAAGGGACUUGGAGUUGUGCCUGGCAUAUACUAGGUGCUCAACAAACAGGGUCGCUGUCAGCUCCUCUCUUGGGAAGCCUCACCCUGUCUCUUGCCUCCUUCAUUUCCCGGGUUUUAACCUAAAGGCAGGUGAUCUAGUGUUUGUGUUUGCCAGAUCAGCUCUCCCUGCCUUGGUGGCUCUGCAUAUGGGACACAGGUUGUAAGUCAGUUCAUUGCUAUUUUUCUUUCAUAAGUUUAUUAUUAAUUUUAUUUCAUUUUGGGGAUGGCCAUUCAAUUGUUUGGUAUUUUGUAACAUAAAAUAUUCUAUACAA